CUUUACGAAAUAAAUCACCUGGCUUUCUGUCCUCUCCCAGACGUGGAGACCAUGGCUGCUAGCACAUCCCUUCCCGACCCAGCCGGUGAGUUCGAGAGGAACGUGCCCCGUAUCUGCGGCGUCUGUGGGGACAGAGCCACGGGCUUUCACUUCAACGCCAUGACCUGUGAAGGCUGUAAGGGCUUCUUCAGGAGAAGCAUGAAGAGGAAAGCGAUGUUCACGUGCCCGUUCAACAGUGACUGCAAAAUCACCAAGGACAACCGGCGGCACUGCCAGGCGUGUCGGCUGAAGCGCUGCGUGGACAUCGGCAUGAUGAAAGAAUUCAUCCUGACGGACGAGGAGGUUCAGAGGAAGCGCGAGAUGAUAUUGAAGCGCAAGGAGGAGGAAGCGCUCAAGGAGAGCCUGAAGCCCAAACUCUCGGAGGAGCAGCAGAAAGUCAUCGACAUCCUCCUCGAGGCUCAUCGCAAGACCUACGACCCCACGUACGCUGACUUCACCAAGUUUCGGCCCCCCAUAAGAAGCAACCCCAGCAACAGGGGAGCAGCAAGGUCCCCCUCCGUUCUCACCCAGGACUUGUCGUCGGAGGAUUCCUCCGACCUCUUUGGCUCCGACACCUUCAGCACGUUUCCAGAGUCUGUGGAGCCCCAGAUGUUUUCGAACCUGGUCCUUUCCGAGGAGAAUGAAGAGAGCUCCUCUGUGAACAUCGACUUCUCCCACCUCUCCAUGCUCCCGCACUUGGCCGACCUGGUCAGCUACAGCAUACAGAAGGUGAUCGGCUUUGCCAAAAUGAUCCCGGGAUUCAGGAACCUGGCAGCAGAGGACCAGAUCGCCCUGCUAAAAUCCAGCGCCAUUGAGGUGAUCAUGCUGCGCUCCAACCAGUCCUUCAGCCUCGAGGACAUGACGUGGACCUGCGGCGGCAAUGACUUCAAGUACAAGAUCAGCGAUGUCACCCAAGCUGGCCACAACAUGGACCUCCUCGAGCCGCUGGUGAAAUUCCAGGUUGGCUUGAAGAAGCUGAACCUUCACGAAGAAGAGCACGUGCUCCUCAUGGCCAUCUGCAUCCUGUCCCCAGAUCGCCCAGGCGUGCAGGACACCUCGCUGGUGGAAUCCCUCCAGGAUCGCCUCUCGGAGAUCCUCCAGACCUACAUCCGCUGCAGGCACCCUCCUCCCGGCAGCCGCCUGCUCUACGCCAAGAUGAUCCAGAAGCUGGCCGACCUACGGAGCCUGAACGAGGAGCACUCCAAGCAGUACCGCUGCCUCUCCUUCCAGCCCGAGCACAGCAUGCAGCUGACGCCGCUGGUGCUCGAGGUCUUCGGCAACGAGAUAUCCUGACUCCAGCCAUGGGGUUGAGCACCCACCAGUAAAGGGAUAAGUCAGCCUGGCUUCCCCGAGGCAGCGAGUGGAAGGACGUGACCCUGGGCAGGAGUUUUGUACAUAGACCGUUUGGUUUCACACUACUGGAGGCCCUGCUUGAUCUUCUCAUCCCCGGCGGCUGAGGUUUGCUCGCUGCGGAGCAGUGACAGACCCAGAUCCGUGUGGUUUCUCCCCACUCCAUGAGCAGCUUUUCCGCUUCCCUGCCAUCUGUGAGAGCUGACUUAUCCCUUUAUGGAUAUUUUGAGGCUGGGCUGCCUCCUAUCACUUCUUUCUUGACCCGAAAAAUCAGGCUGCUUGGAAGGAGAAGCGCUGGGGGGGGUUUUGUGGGGGGAGACGGACUCAGGGCAUUGCUGAGCCGUCGGCGCCGUCCUUUGCUCCCUUCCUAAAAUCUGCAACGCUCACCACCCCCCCGGGUUCAAAAAGGGAGACUCCAAUUGAAUUGCACCCCCGAAAUCCCUGCCAGAAAAUGCCGUGGGCUGCGUCCCCACGUGCGUGGCCAGCUAAAACCAGUCCCGGUGAGACUGGGACGAAGCCGAAGACAUCUGCGUCAGCCCCCAGAGGGGGAAUUUGCCCUCAGCCCUCCAAGGGAACAGCCGGACGAGCUGCCAUUUCCAUUCCCAACACUACUGCCUGGCUUUGGGGGAGCGGGGUUA